AUGAAGGAGCUGCAGCUGGUGCUGGCGGAGGCCAACGAGAGCCUGCGGGGACUGCAGGAGCAGCUCUCGCAGGAGAGGCAGCUGAGGAAGGACGAGGUGGACAACUUCUCCCAGAAGAUCUGCCAGCUGAAGGAGGACCACCAGAAAGCCCUGCUGCGACGGGAGUUUGAGCUGCAGAGCCUGAACCUGCAGAGGCGGCUGGAGCAGAAGUUCUGGAGCCAGGAGAAGAACCUCUUGGUGCAGGAGUCGCAGCAGUUCAGGCAGAGCUUCCUCCUGCUCUUCAUGAAGCUCAAGUGGUUCCUCAAGCGCUGGCGCCAGGGCAAGAUGGUGCACAGUGAGGGCGAGGACUUUUUGGAGGUGAACAGCAUGAAGGAGCUGUACCUGCUGCUGGAGGAGGAGGAGCUCGCCCCUCAGCAGCAGGCAGACAACAAGAUGUGUGCUGGGGAUGCCUGGACCCCCAACACG